AUGAAGAGGGCGAGGAUGGUGGCGCGUCUUCAGCUCGCGCUAGUGAUUUUUGUCGUCGCUAGGUCCAGGCGUCCGAGUCUCUGCGGGUGGAUCACCUACGUCCACAUACACCAGUCCGACGACUUCUCGAUCGGCGUCUUCUGCUUCCCGGCCGGCGCGACGCUGCCGCUCCACGACCACCCGGAGAUGGUGGUUCUGAGCAAGCUCCUCUACGGAUCGGUGCGGGUGAGAUCCUACGACUGGGUCACCGCGCCACCCAGCUCCAGCCAAAGAAAAUGUGGCUUGGCGAGGGUGGUGGCCGCCGACGAGGUUCGGCGAGCACCGUGCGAGACGUCCGUGCUCUUCCCGCGGGGCGGCGGGAACAUGCACGCCUUCACCGCCGUCACGCCGUGCGCGAUCCUCGACGUCAUCACGCCGCCCUACUCGGAGGAGCACGGCCGGCCGUCCACCUACUUCAACGACGUCCCCAUCGUGUCUCUUCCAGGUUUUGCAUUUCUGGAGGAGGUGGAGAUGCCCGAAGAUCUCAGCGUCGUCGGUGCGCCCUAUCUUGGCCCUCGGAUUACGGUAGAUAUGGAUGACGAUGAUGAUGACGACUACUACGACGAACACUAUGACGACCAUGAUGACUAUGACGAUUAUACCAGUAGCUAG